GAAAUCCUUGAAAUCGAUCGAUCGGUGGAGGUUCAGGGCCGCGGAAAGGGUGCAAGCACCGAACAAGCGAACGGGAGUAAAACCAGGUGUGGCAGCGCAUCAGUCAUCAGCAUUGCAGCUUCCGGGUGCAUCAAGAACGUGAGUGGAGAGAAUGGCGGCGAACCGUGCGCUACUGCAGUCCAUCCGGGAGGACGAUUUCGUGGAGUAUUUCCUGUUCCCCGCCGGUUCCACCGACCCGCAGGAUGUGCAGCUAGAAAACAGUGACGCGAGUCUCGAAGUGCUCCUACAGGACGUGAAUCGGAUUGCGGAAGAGUUCUGCCAGCAGUACAUCUGGCAUCGAGACGCUUUCCACGUGGUUCCCCGACCGAACAACGACUCCCGGUUGCUUAUCGAGGUGGCCAACGGGACCGAGGGAUCCCCGGUGGAUGGUAGCAGCAGUACUGGAGCCCAACUACCAGCUCAUCUGCACGGGAUUUCCCACGUCGGUGACAACAUCCAGGACGAGUGGUUCAUUGUCGCACUGCUCUUCCACCUGACCGAGCAACUGCCCGGGCUCGCGGUGCGUGUGAUUGAUGCCGAUGGUGAGUUCCUGUUGAUCGAAGCCGCCGAACAGUUGCCACGCUGGGCAACGCCGGAGACUUGCGAAGGCAGAGUAUUCAUCGUAAAUGGAACGCUGCGAUUACUGGAAGGCAAGGGCGACGAUGAAAGCAAUCGUACGACGGUACCGGAUGUCGGUGCAGCACUGGAACUGGUGCGUGGCCGCGAUGGCACCAAGUACACCGUGAGCGACGAAGUGACACGCUGCAUCCGAGACCGGAUAGUGGACUUUCCGGCGAAAAUCACCGACCAUCAUCACCGAGCGACGGUGUACGUGCCAGUCGGAGUGGCGGCCGUUCUACGCGAGAACCCACAACUCGUCGCACCGGCAGUGCUUGCAUUCCGGAAUCGGGAUCCGAUCGAUCUGAAGGUUUGCCGAGCGAUGCGCUUCUUCCCACCCGAGUGCUGUGUGUACGCGAGCGUUACCUUCACCAAAUGCCUCUACGCCAUGCUGUCCCAGAGCCGGUACCAACCGGAUCGACGUACCGGGUGGACGAUUCCACCGGCAACCGAUCCUAACCACAAAGCGCAUCUACUCGGCCUGAAGCUAGCCUGUGGCUUCGAAAUACUGGCCUCACAAGCCAAAGCAGCCCGUACCGAUUGGGAAUCGGAUAAAGGGUGGCAAAGCUACCGACAAUCCCUGACCGCCAAGGGAUACUUCCGCGAGAACAUCGAGGGAUCGCAGGAGCACACGAAGCUACUCGCAAUCGCUCGCGACUAUUACGCGGAACACCGGGAAUCGAUGCGUUCGACACCGAAGAUUGGCGAAGAGAUUGUCUCGAUACUGCGCCGCAACGAGUGGGAUGUGGAGGAUCUGCGGAAACAGGGUGAAGCUCUGCCAGCGGCCGAUAGUGACGAUUGGAUGAACAUUUCGCCGGAGGAGCUCGAUCGUAUGCUGACGGAGCGGUAUGGAGCGAAGAAACUGUUUUCACUGAACUGCAACGGCAACACACAGCAGGCGGCGACGGAUGUGAGUGAAACGUUUACUUCGAUGGUGAGCGAGUUUCUGGAUCGAAAGAGUGAGUACGAUGGAAUUGUUGUGGAGCCAGAGGAGACCCGAACGGGUCCAACGGUCGAUCCGGCGCUACUCCAGGGUGUUAAACCGUCUCCUACCAAACCGAAGCGCACCCGGAGCAAAGCGGCACGCGAUCGUAAGGCAGAUACUGGUGCACCAUCGCCAGGGACCGCCAGUGCCACGGUGGACGAUCUUUCACCAUCUCACCAGCCAUCGUCCAAUUCGGUCGAUUUCGAUGCCGGUGCGUUCGGAAUGCACGUGAAGAAUAUGCUCGAUCUGUUGAUACCGGAGGACCGGUGGGACUCGUCGGAGGAGUCCGAGAUGAGUGAUUACAGCCAGGAGGGGCAGGAUGAGUACGAGCGUAACCUCGAGGACAUGUCACCGACUCGGGUCAAUCGGGCCAUCCAGGGUGAGCUGAAGUCGUACAUGGACCAGAUGGACCGGGAGCUGGCCGGUACGACGAUCGGGCGUAGCUUCGAGACGGCCAUCGGCCAUGGAGAAGGAGAGGAAAGUGUGGAACAAUCAUCGGCACAACCGGCCGGGGACGAUUUCGAUGAUAUUGAAACGUUUAAACCGGUCAACAUCGAUGUGAACACGCUGCGCAACAUGAUGGAGAGCUACCAGUCACAGCUCGGUGGUCCCGGUCCGGCCGCCAAUCUGCUCGGCUCAAUGGGAGUUCAGAUCGCCAAGGGAGGAGGAGGAGGUGGCAGCACCAAGCAGACGGACGUUUAAACGACGGUCCUCAAGGCCGGCUUCCAGUUCCGCUUUUUUCGGUGGCCAAAUCGCGCACACACCUACAUUCAUAUCAUACACCCGUGCACCCGCAGUAUCGUAAUUACCGCUUAAUUCCAUCCUUUCCAUCCUGCUUUCUGCCGGUGGAAGCGUCCGCAUUUGCUUAUACCGAGAUUAGGGGGAAUAGACUUAGCCAGCAGACCCCGAGCGAGCGAGAGAAGGUUAGGUGCCAGGUUAGAUAAGUUUAAAAUAAGUAAGGUUGAGGUUCAAUCAGGUCUCAGGUCGGGUAGGAAGAUGUAUGGGAGAUGCCGUUGGUUAGGUUGGAAAGAGUCUAUGCAUGUUGACAGAAUGAGGGAGGAUCCAAGGACGCGAGUCUUGUGCCAGACAGAGAGAGAUAGAGAGUUCCGUGCUAGUAGCGAUCGCCUCUCGCCCUCGUAGCUUUACGCACAGACAGAGGGAGCAACUAUAAAAUAUAUGUAUUACUGUUUAAGAAGCAAAUCUGACCAGUUCCGCAUGGUCAUGGUUACAACCUAUACAAUCUGAACGCAGAUUAUUGCUGGAGGACGCAUGCAUUAAAGUAACGAGCCUCUUUUACCUCUCGUUCGCGCGCUCUAUACACCCUUCCCUCGAUGGUGCUAUUAGUGGUCUGCCAGAAACAAAAAGGUAUGAGAACUUUCGAGUUUAUUAAUGAUAAAAUUAUCAAUUUUGUUUUUAAGUUUUUUUGGUCCUACUCUAAGCUGCUGGCGCAGUAAACUUGUUUAGCGAUUCCUUUGAUGGAGCAUUCAUGUCUUUUAAUCGAGAGGUAGCAUCUUAGUUUCAUUUACGUUUGCGUAGGAAUAAGAGUCAUAGAAGGCCAUGUUUGAGAAAUCCGUGAGUUAAGCGACAUCAACAAUGUUCAGUUUCUGGUCAUUUUUUUACGAUUUUGUACAAGUUUUCGGCGGGAAAAAUCAGAACUAAAUUCGAAAAUUGGGCCCAAAUUAUGAAUAGCACAUGCCAUUCGAUAUUAUAACAUCGAAUACGCCAAUAGUCUUCAGAACAAUUAUCUUCAGUUUAGUUGAUGGUUUUUUUAAGUUGCUAACGUACUAUCAAUGCACGCAGUAUUUGAAACCUUUCCAUGACACUCAAAACGGACACUAAAAUUCGAAAACACCCACACAUACUCCUCAGGAUUUUAACAGUCCAAGAUGCAGAAGCUUUCAACAGACCACGUACAUACCCAGUAGUGGCCAUGGUAUUGCCAUAUUGCCCUUCCAUUUAAUCAAGAAGAGCUCCCUGUUCGGAUGGCGUUCGGAUGAGUAAAACGCGACAC